AUGGCAGCGAUGCUCCUCGCGAAGCCAGCAUUUUGUGGAUUCUGCCGCUGCCUGCUGCUGCUCCUGCUCUUGCUGCUGGUGGCGGCUCCGGCGAGGAUUUGCGAGUCCGUUAGAUCUGACAAGGAAAUGAGGGAGAGGUUCUACGGCAAUUUGAUCAAUUCCUCCUCUCCCGGCGAUGGAGAAGGGAGUAUCGCCCAAAUGUUCGAUCGUGUUCUCGAGAAAGAGUUCUCCGAGAAUGAUCAGCCUGAAGGUUCUGAUGGAAGCAACUUCAAUAACAGUGUAAAUGACCAACAGGCUGUGUUGGAAACGGUAGCCAAAGUUACCCAUGAGAAGGGCAAGAAAAAUGACUCACAGCCGGGAAGUGGACCAAGAUCCUUUCAGCUCCAAGAUGUAUUUUCUCUGGAGAAUGAAGAUUCUGAGGAUGGCACUACCCUGAUUGACAAAAAGGACAAUGUCUUUGUCAUGUCAAAUAAGAAAUCCAAGUAUCCAGUACUUCAAGUCGAUUUGAGAUUGAUUUCUGAUCUGGUGGUUGUCAUAGUUUCUGCUGCCAUUGGUGGAAUUAUCUUCUCGUGUUUGGGACAGCCGAUUAUUGUGGGUUAUCUUCUUGCUGGGUCACUCAUUGGACCAGGAGGUCUUAAGUUCAUCAGUGAGAUGGUGCAGGUUGAAACAUUUGCGCAGUUUGGUGUUAUAUUUCUACUUUUUGCUUUAGGCCUUGAGUUUUCUAUAACAAAGUUGAGGGUGGUGGGUGCUGUUGCUGUGUUUGGAGGUUUUCUUCAAAUUGUGAUAUUUAUGUUCUUGUCCGGUGUAACUGCCAUGCUGUGUGGAGCAGAGUUGUCUGACGGUGUUUUUGUUGGAUCCUUCUUGUCAAUGUCAUCAACAGCAGUGGUGGUGAAAUUCUUAGCUGAGCGUAACAGCACUAGUUCUCUUCAUGGUCAAAUUACAGUUGGGACUCUGAUUCUUCAGGACUGUGCUGUUGGAUUGUUGUUUGCUUUACUCCCAGUGUUGGGUGGCAGCAGUGGGUUACUACAUGGAAUGAUUUCAAUGGGGAAAUUGUUGUUGGUGUUGUCCAUGUACCUCACUGCUGCAUCAUUUUUGUCUUGGUCCUUUGUUCCUCGCUUUCUGAAGCUAAUGAUCCAGAUAUCAUCUCAAACAAAUGAACUUUAUCAGCUUGCUGCUGUGGCCUUCUGCUUGCUAUCUGCUUGGUGCAGUGACAAAUUAGGCCUCAGUCUUGAGUUGGGUUCAUUUGUAGCUGGAGUUAUGAUAUCCACAACUGACUUUGCACAGCAUACUUUAGACCAGGUGGAGCCAAUUCGUAAUCUGUUUGCCGCCCUGUUUCUUGCAAGUAUUGGAAUGCUUAUACACGUGCAUUUUCUGUGGAAUCACGUUGACAUACUACUAGCAUCAGUGAUUAUGGUUGUAGUUGUGAAGACAACUGUUACUGCUUUGGUUAUUAAAACCUUUGGAUAUGGCAUCAGGACAUCAUUUCACGUUGGAGUGUUGCUUGCUCAAAUUGGGGAGUUUGCUUUUGUUCUACUUAGUCGUGCCUCAACUCUUAACCUCGUUGAGGGGAAAAUGUACCUUCUCCUUCUUGGAACAACCGCUCUAAGUCUGGUCACAACACCUCUCCUGUUCAAAUUGAUACCUAAUGUCAUGAAUCUCGGAGUCCUUUUGCAAUGGUUUCCACCAGAAACCGUCCCGAAUGAGGAGAAGGUUUCAAUGAUCGAAGCACAUAACAGAGUCUUGUGA